UAUUUUAUUCUUUUUCCAAAAAUCAAAUCAGCAGAAAAGAUGGCUGUUAUUGUUUUCACACGAAAGUGAACAACACGUCAAGGCUCACUCUCCAUUCCACUUUAUUCUUUUAGACAUAUCUUAAUAGUGAACUGAAAAUUAUUGUUAAGAUUUUCCCAUGCGUAUUUACAUUGUUUUUCCUUUCCAGGAAACUUCAUGCUCCAGUUAUCCAUUUCUAGCUGAGGUACACUGAAAUUAAACUUACUAAAUAAAGAACAAUGUCUAUUUUAAGCUUAAAGUUUAGAUUUUUUACAAAUUCUUACGAGCUGUAGGCAAUCAAAAGCAGAAGUAGGUUUUAUUAAAUGUCUUUUAGAUCAGGGUGGCCAGACAAUACCUAUAUUUAUUUGUAAACUAAUAUUGAGAGAAAAACAUACUGAUGUAUUUUACUGCUAAAUGAUCUAAAGAGUCAUUGGUCAACUUGUGCAUCGUAAUACUUGAUUUCUAAAUAGAACAUGAUCCAUGAUGAUGGUGUUAUAGAUAAAAUUUCAUGGAUUUAUUUUAAUUCAAAAAUACUUAAUCACAUGCAGAUUGUAAUUUAAUACAUCUGUGAUUGAAAUAGUUUGAAGCUUAUUUGUAACUGAAAUCUUUCAACUAUAUUUUUGUAGGAUUUAUGGAAGUGUAGAGUGUUCAGUGCUCCCUCUCCUGGUUUUAUCAUAUUGGUGAACUGACCUCUCAUCCUAAAAUUGUGGUGAUGGCUGAGAAGACAGUUUUGAAGAACCAAAUAGUAUACUCUGAUGUGAUAUUCUAGUUCUGAUUUGACUACUCCAAAUCUAUUCUAAUGGUCAAGAAACCUAUCCAUCAAUGGUUAAAGUUCAUUACAUCCCAAAAUAUGAGAUCUAAGAAAAAAUAGAAAAUAUGUACAAUAAAACUGAUUUUAUCCUUUUAAAGAGCCUAUUUUAAUAUAGUUUAUAUUAAGAGUGCAUAUGUAGAUUUUUGGCUUCGUUCUUGUUCUAUUUUAUUUUCUAGUGAUGCUUUCUUCUUGUUGAUGGUCUUAGCACUGCCCUAGCUUCCAAAGAGGUUAAUUCCAAAUACAACUUUAAUUUUUUAAAGUGCUCAAACAUUUGAAAGUCUAGAAAAAAACCAGUUUCAACAGAAUCACUUGUUAUAGUUAAGAAGGAGCUUAAGAAUUGAAAAUUUCCAUACCCAAAUUUAUAUAUGACUUAGAUUCUGGACUUUUGUUUUGUUUGCUUUAUUUUCUCCCAAAGACUUGAAGCUAUUUCUGGUAUCUAGUACCUGGAAAAAAAAAUAUUUCCUCUCCACUUGCUAUACGUUUUUGGUUUUUAGCUAUCUUUUAAAAGUCUCUGUGGAACCUUAAAUUUCACAUAUAAUUAUCCUCACUACAGCAUAAAGUACACAUUCUGAUAAUAAAUGUCUAAAAUCCCGUAGUUUGUAAGAAAACAAAAAGCGAGUUUCCUACUGAUUAAAAUACUUUUUCCCUCCAGUAACACAACAUAGAUCACUAAGAAUUAUAAAACUUCUUGGUAAAUUAUUUCUAUCUUAACUGAUUUCCAAUUAGCUGAUUUUUAAAAAUAAAUUAAUUGUAGUUUUUUCCCCCCAAGUUAUACAAAUUACAAAAUUGAAGAAAGUUGGGAUUUUUAAAUUUGAUUUUUAGGAAAUUUUAUCACAAGCCAAGAUAGAGCACUUAUUAUAAAAUCUACAGCAGGAAAUUUCACCUUUACGAGGUACUGUUUUAUACAUUUGCAGUAAGGAGUGCCACCUUUUAAACUUUCAGAUUUCAAAUAUUCUGAAUUGUGCUUUAAAUAGGAACCAUAACGUUAUAUUAUCAUCUUUUUUAUAUCAAUAUACAUUUUCUCUCUAGCUGAUCAGAAGUGAUGGCUUGGCAUACGACUUUUUUAUCUUCUUUUAUUCUUCAAUAUUAUUUUCUAAUUCAACCUUAAAGGUUGUGUCCACUAAUCCUUUCACUGAGACUGAUGACUAAAUUUAAAGGAUUCUUCUGUGACAAACUGCAUUUGCAGGAUUUUUAGAGGCAAUCUCAAAGUUUUAGAGGAUGUUUAUCACAGGAGUGUACAGGGCAACAUUUCCAGGUUGGUACACAUACACGAAAGAGGAAACGACUGUUGGAAAAAUCCUGUUCCAGGUUUUCAGGCAGCCCGUGUGAUUGACAUAUGAUAUCACUGGAGGCGUGUCCUGGAGUGGAGGUGGAGGUGGAGGCGAGCUGCUGAAAUUCUGCGGCGCCGGAGUGGGAUUGCUCUAAGGCACGCAGUGGUUUGCGGAGUGAUAGCAGCGGACAGAGCUCCCUACCCUGGAUAAGGAACAGAUGCAGUCGCUGUAAAUGUGCCUGAAAAGCAAUUUCCAGUCUUUGCGUUAGGAUUUCAGAUGCAUGCCAGGUUCCACUGAUUGCCAGAAUUCGAGAUCACUACACAUGGAUCCCCAAAAUCAACAUGGCAGUGGCAGUUCAUUAGUUGUGAUCCAGCAGCCUACAUUGGAUAGCCGUCAGAGGUUAGACUAUGAGAGAGAAAUUCAGCCUGCUGCUAUUUUGUCUUUAGACCAGAUCAAGGCCAUCAGAGGCAGUAACGAAUACACAGAAGGGCCAUCUGUGGUGAAAAGACCUGCUCCUCGAACAGCACCAAGACAAGAAAAGCAUGAAAGGACUCAUGAAAUCAUACCAGUUAAUGUGAAUAACAACUAUGAGCAUAGGCCUACAAGCCACCUGGGACAUGCAGGACUCUCAAAUAAUGCCAGAGGCCCCAUUUUGAGCAGAUCGACCAGCACUGGAAGUGCAGCCAGUUCUGGGAGCAACAGCAGUGCCUCUUCUGAGCAGGGACUGUUAGGAAGGUCACCACCAACCAGACCAGUCCCUGGGAAUAGGUCUGAAAGGGCAAUCCGGACCCAGCCCAAGCAAUUGAUUGUGGAUGACUUGAAGGGUUCCUUGAAAGAGGACCUGACACAGCACAAAUUUAUUUGUGAACAGUGUGGGAAGUGCAAGUGUGGAGAAUGCACAGCUCCCAGGACCCUGCCAUCCUGUUUGGCCUGCAAUCAUCAGUGCCUUUGCUCUGCUGAGAGCAUGGUGGAAUAUGGAACCUGCAUGUGCUUAGUCAAGGGCAUCUUCUACCACUGCUCCAAUGAUGAUGAAGGGGAUUCUUACUCGGAUAAUCCUUGCUCCUGUUCACAGUCCCACUGCUGCUCUAGGUACCUGUGUAUGGGAGCCAUGUCUCUGUUUUUACCUUGCUUACUCUGUUAUCCUCCUGCUAAGGGAUGCCUGAAACUGUGCAGGGGGUGUUAUGACUGGAUCCAUCGCCCAGGAUGCAGAUGUAAGAACUCCAACACUGUCUAUUGUAAGCUGGAGAGCUGCCCCUCCAGGGGUCAGGGUAAACCAUCAUGAUUUUUGGAAGUGGGUUGGACCUCCUGAACUUUUAGCUUUCAAGCUGUGCUGUUAAAAAGAUUCUCUUAGAUACUGGUUUUAUUUUCUUUUCAAUUUUCCUGCCUUUCUUCCCAUGUUCCCAAGGUUUGACUCAUGGAUCUUAUUCUUCUCAAACGGAUGAUCUUCAGUAAGAGUGAACUGUGAAACUGCACCUGGCUCCCACUUAAAGCAAGAGCCUCUGCCAUCCACUGAAGAGGGUAUUGAGAGCUAGUGGGCUUUUGUGUAGCCUUCUUGUUCUGCAGGCAACUUGUCAAAGUUGUGUACAUGAACAUACCCACACACAUACCCAGUCAAUCUGCAAUGAUUUAGAGCUGUUUUUGAUUGGGUACUCUGGGAGCAGGAAAUUGGUUUUUGAAGAAGCAACGUUUUUAUUGCUUAAAUAAGCUAUGUAUUAAGUCUGUCUCCAGUUAGGGCUAUCUUCAUAGCAUUGGACCCUUAAGAAGCAUGGGGGAUAUAUUUUUGUUAUAACAUAAAAAUUUUCCUUUAACCACUGCCCUCUACUUGCCCCUCAGAGUUCUCUCCCCUCAGUUUUUUAUUCUGGAGAUGCCAGGUAUUUUCUUUUCCUCUGUAAUUUUAGAUUUGCUUUACAAUGUAAAUCUUCACAUUGGAGAUAUAUUGGUUGUAUCUUGCUCAUCUUUAUUCUGGCUUUCAUAUUUGUGAAGGACUCAACUGCCUUACUUUGACACCCACAUUUUUUACCAAAUUUCUCAUAGUUGAGGGCACUUGGGUAACUGAAGUUGAUAUUUAUAGCUGAUCGAUCUAUAGGUGUCACAGAACUAUGCUGCCUAAAGUGAUCUUGGCCCCUUAAUGGUCCUUUUGGCCCCUUGGUUAGUUAACAGCUGAGUAAUUCUAAUUUUUUCUGUGUUUUCAUUGCCUUAACCACAAAUUGUGGUGCUUUUUGUAUAUUUUAUAUAUAAAUCACAAAGUUGAAUUCUGACUAUUUUUAAGACAAAAGUCUGUUAAACUUUUUUAUUGUAAAGAAUAUUUAUUAUGCGAAUCUCUAUUAUUUUAUGAUAUUUAUUGCAAAAGACUGUUGAAAUGUACUCAUGUCUGAAUAUAACAAAAUAUCAAUACAUAACGGAAAAUAAGGUGACACGAGGAAAGUACAUAUGUUAACUAUAAUGCAGAAAAUAUAUUAAUUAAUGAAACUGUC